AACGAUAAGUUAAAUUAUAAAAAACUUAAACUUUUCGAAAUUAUCGAAAAAGUUUUAUUAAUUAAUUUUAAAUUAAAACUUUUAAAUACGAUACGAUAUUACCUAGUUUUUUAUAUCUUACUUUUAAAGUUAAUAUUUAAAAACUUAUAUAUUAAAGAUCGUAUUAUUAUCGAACCUAACGAAUUAAAAUACGAAGUUGAGCGAAUUAUUAAUUACUAA